GUUGUGAAGGUAUGAAGAGCAGCAUCAGGCACGAGAUAAUAAUCAGACCAGCUAGUAAGGUCUAAUUAGGGGCUCCACCCUCUUGUUAGAUCAUUCUUUCUUUUCCUUGUGCUUAGCUUGUUGCUCAAACUAAAGACAAACAAAGCAUAAUGGCCAUCAGUCACAGUACUUUGGCUUUUACCUUCGGCAUGCUUGGUAAUGUCAUUUCAUUCAUGGUGUUCCUCGCUCCAAUCCCGACAUUUUACCGGAUAUACAAGAAGAAGUCAACGGAGGGUUUUCAGUCACUGCCUUACCUAGUGGCAUUGUUCAGUUCCAUGCUCUGGCUGUACUACGCGAUGGUCAAAAGAGACGCUCUCCUCCUCAUAACCAUUAACUCAUUUGGAUGUGUCGUAGAAAUCAUCUACAUCACCUUGUUCCUCAUCUAUGCCACCAAGGAUGCUAGGAGCUUAACUAUUAAGCUGUUUUCGUCGAUGAACGUGGGCGCCUUUGGUUUGAUCCUCUUAGUCACACACUUCGCUGUGCAUGGUCCUCUUCGAGUCCAAGUCUUGGGAUGGAUUUGUGUUUCUAUCUCAGUCAGUGUCUUUGCGGCACCACUAAGCAUUGUGGCACAAGUUAUUCGGACCAAGAGUGUGGAGUUUAUGCCUUUCAAUUUGUCAUUUACACUCACAUUGAGUGCUGUAAUGUGGUUUGGUUAUGGUCUCUUUCUCAAGGACAUAUGCAUUGCUCUGCCAAAUGUGCUGGGUUUUGGACUGGGGUUAGUCCAGAUGGUGCUGUAUGGUAUUUACAGGAAAGGCAGCAACAAAACAAAGGAAGAGAAAGCACCGCAAGAGCCACUCAAGAGCAUUGUGAUAGCCACCUCUUUGGCUCUGGUGGAGGAGCAGCAGCAAGCAAAGGCGAAGAUCAACGGAGAACAAGAAGAUGGAAAUCAUGAGGAGAAAAUCGCUGCACCUGCAACUCAACCUGAAUGCGUGUGAUUGAUUCGCCAUGCCAUCACCCAUGCAUUCUUCUCAUAUAUAUUAUUCCGUAUGUGUACUUUGAAUUUAUUAGUCCAUUUAAGUUGUAGGCCGCUACCUAGAUGAUAAUGAUAUAUGAUUAUUUAUAACAUGUACUAGCUAGCUAGUUAAUUAGUAGUUACUGUACUACUGAUUCUACCAUUGUUAUUCUGUAUGUCUUUCCUUAUCAAUGGGAUAAACUCAUCUUCAUGUUUA